AUGGAAUUUUAUAAUCUCAUGCCUUGGGGUGUUAUUAAAGACGAUGCGUCUCCUUCAAAUACAAAUCAUACAACAAUGCAAGCUAAUCAAGAAGCCAAUGAGACAGAUAAAAAGAAUGAAAUAGAUGUAAUUACACCUGCUUUUGGAUUGCUUAACAUAGUGGAGGAUCUAACCGAAGAAAAGGAAGACGAUGUUGAAGAUGAAAAAAAUCUAGAUACAAGUGAAAAAUUAUUUCGUAUGUUUAUAGACGAUAAUGAGGAUAAACCAUUAGAUUGGACUGCAGAACCAGAAAAUCCAUUUCGAGAACCAACACCACAACCAUCAUUAACAAACAUACGACCUAUUAAUGGAAUAACAACUAAGCAACAUGCUCGAACAAAUAAAGGCUCUAUUCCUCUACUUGAUUAUCUUUGUGAAAUAAAAAAAUGUUCGCUUAAAGAACUACAUGUGCUUUUUCAUAAUCUCGAAGUUCGGCGUGAACUUAUAGAAAAUUUGCAACAAAAUGUCCAAAUACGUACUUCUCAUCUAAAGCCGAGUUAUAAAAAUUUCAAUGUCUAUUGCCAUGAUUUAACAGCGCAAUCUGCAAGUAAUGUUCUGGCCAUGGGUGGAUAUCUUGGAAUAACGGUUCGCGGGUACUACUACGUCAAACACAAACUCAAACUCUGCCAUCCAUAUUUACCUUGUCUUAUUCAAUUUGGAGGAGGGCAUCAUCGAUCAUUUUAUCCUCUUGAAUGUCUCAGUGUUAUCCGUUACAAGAUGAAAGGAGGAUGUUCAUAG